AUGCCUUUAGUUAAUAAAACUGUUGUUACCUCACCAGAUACUUUCGAAUCAUCAUUACAAGAUGCUUUAAAUAAAACUAAAAAUGUAGUUUUUGUUUCUUUCAUUUCAUCAAUUGAUAAAACUACCUGUUCAUUAUGGUGUAGAGAUUGCCAAAUUUCCGAACCAAUUGUUAAUGAAGCUUUUGAAAAGUCACCAUCUGAAAUCACCUUAGUCGAAUGUCAAAUUGAAAGAGAAGGGUAA